GGUGAGACGAUGGUAGUGGCAAAAGAAUGGAGAGAAGAGAGGAGAUACAAGGAGGAUGGGCAUCAAGUUGGUCGGUUGGCCUGGUAGAUGACCCCCACCCUGUAUAAAAGGCUUCUUCGACUGGCGACGACUUCAGUCUUUCAGUUCGGCUGACACACACACUGUGUACUAAUCCGAAGAUCAUCUUAGGCCGAGGCUGAGAGAGAGAGCCUUUGGUAACGGCGCGACAACGAAGACGAAGGAUGCCUUGCCAAUAACAGAAGACAACAGCACUGCAGAAUUCUCAGCAGGAUUCUCGGCAAAAUGCCUGCCAAGAUGUGCCUUAGCCCUGCGAUCUUUGCUUUCUUCACCCUGGUUAUUACCACUGUAGUGUCGCAGUUUACACAAUUGGAAGAAAACAGAAAAGGCACGGAAUUAAUUUUAGACAUUAGCGAUGAACACAAGGCUCAAUAUUUAAAUCAAAAUUUUUAUUCGAAUGCGUAUAACUACGGUUAUGAAGUGAAUCCUAAUGGACAAUUUCAUCACGAAGUGCAUGGGCCAGACGACAUUACAUAUGGAUGUUAUGGCUAUGUAGAUCCUUUUGGAAAAUUAAAAACAACAUUUUACGUAAGUGAUGGAUGGGGAUACAGAGUAGUCCAGCCAGGGCAAAACGUCGAACUAUUUUUUCACGAACAUGAACAUCAUGAGAAUAGUCAAUCUCAAGAGAAUGAUAAUAACGAGCGUCAUGAUCAUCACGGCAUUCUAACAGCUUGGGAUAAGUUACAUUUUCCACCCAUCUGUGCACAAUUUGAAGGGACGAAUACUAAUCCUACUGUGAUACCACCAUCAGAACCAGAAACACUUGGGGCCCCAGGAAUUCCUGGGAUACCUAAAUAUCCUGCCACUCCUGGCACACCAGAAACACCAUCUCGAUCUGGACACCUCAAAAAAUCAGAAACUCCCACAAUUCCAAGAAGAUCAGAACCUCCUGAUAUUCCAACGUCAUCAAGAACUCCUAAUCUUCCAGGAAGACCAGGAACACCGAGAAAACAAGAGAUACCAUCAUAUAUCGAACGUUUUGAAAAGCCGGGCACACCAAAGACUCCUGAGUCCUCAAACAUUCCAGGAAGACCAAAAACUCCUGACAUUCCAAGUACCCCAUCACAUCCUGGAUUCCCUAGAAAACCUGCAAGAGUAAGGAUUUCUAGUACUACGAGCACACCAGAAAAACAAUAUUAUUCGGAAUAUCCUAGCACAUCUGGAACAUCUGUCACCCCAGGAAAACCAUUCCAACAUUCAUAUCCUGGCACGUCUAGUAUUCUUGUUAUUCCAGAAAAACCAUCGCAACCAGGCAGUAUUUUACGUAGACCAGAAACUCCUAAAACUUCUGUUACUCCUAGCAAGUUAGGAACGUCGUAUUAUUCGAGCUAUCCUGAAAGAUCAAGAACUUCUGAUAUUCCAGCCAUAAUAGGAACACCAUUGCAUUUUACGUACCCUGAUACAUCAAGAACUUUUGUUACACCAGAUAAACAAAACACUCUUGGUACUCCAAAUUCAUCCAGAAUACCAUUCAUAAAUCCUGAUACACCAGAGACUCCUGGAAGUCCCGGAACACCAGAAACGCCAAGAACACUACCGCAACCUUUAUACUUGAACACAAGAACUUUAAACAAUACAGAUAGAGAAGAUACUCCUGCACGUUCUGAAGAUACACCACCUUCGAGCCCUGACGUAUCAGAAACUUCGGAUAACUCAAACGAAGGAAGUAAUUCUGGAGUAGAAGCACUAUCAUCUCCUGCGUAUUCAGAUACACCAGACACAUCAUCGCAUCCUGUAUCCACAGGAAUAACGUUCCAUCCUGGCAUACCAGCGACUUCUGCAUAUUUGGGUGCAGCAGGAGCUUUUAGUACUCAAGGUAUACCAAACCCUCAAAAUAUACCCAACAUUUCUGAACAUAUUCAACCUUCGUACAUUACAAAUGAAUUAGACUAUCGCGAAUUAACAACUCCACUGAAUCCUGUAACUCCUGACAUACCAAACAUAAUUUACUCUUUCUCGAGAACAACUACCGCAGACUCAUUAAAUCUAUCAUCGUCUUCUUCGUACCGUAACACCACAGACAAUGUUAUAGUAACACCAGCAAUCUCACAACCAUCAACAUCUUCUGGAAUUCUUGGCGUUGCUAUAACAACAGGAACUUCUGAUAUUUCUGAAUUUCCUGAGAUAAUAAAAAUACCAUUUCUUCCUGAAAUCCCUGACAUAUCAGAAAGACCAGAUACUCUUAGACAGAUAGACACUUUUGCGUGCCCAAGCACUUCUACACAUCCAAGCACUUUUACACAGCCAGAUAUUUCUGAAGACUCUCAAAAACGUAAGUGGCCACACACAGUUGCAUUUUCUCAAACAUCAUCCUAUUCUAAAAUUCCUAAAAAAUGCGAUAAAAGUACUCAAACAAUGUCUAAUCCAUUUCAAUCUAUAAUCAAUACAAAACAAAAGAGACCAACCAGUCUUGAGCUCAAUAAAGGAAAAAAAGCACUUAAGAGACGCUAUAAUUUCCCUGAAAUACUGUCGCUUUCUGGAAACCACUCGCAGCCUACAUAUUCUGGCAUACAAUGGACUUCUGGCAUUAUCGCAGAACAUGGCAUGCCAUCUAUUCCUAUGACGAAUACACCAGAGAUUUCUAGUAGUCAAAAUAUUCUUGAACAGGCUGGAGUUUCGAGUACUUCAGAUGGAUCAAACAGUCGCGGAGAUAAAAGAUCACCGCGUCCUUUAACCCCUGACAUAUCAAACACAUCAAUAAGUUCACGAUUAGCAUUAUCUUCUAGAAUACUUUCCAUUGCAAGGUCACGACUAGUUCUUAACAUUCCUAAAUUUUCUCGCCCAAUAAGAACACUAUUCCAUCCUGAAAUACCUAACAGACCAAGAAGACCAGACACCUCUGAACAGUCAAACAUUACAGGACAACAUAACACAUCAGAAAUAACACAACCUCCUGGACACUCUGCCACUCUGCCAUAUUGCAUUCAUAGUAUUACAGGAACUCAGAGAAAAAAAUUAUCAUCUUCUACAUCUUCAAGUAUACCAGAAACAUCAAUGCGUUCGGCAAACGCUGACAAACCAUCAACUCCACAAAUUACAGAACAACUAACAAGAACACUAUCUGUUACACAUUCGAACACACAAGAAACAUCAUUAUUAUCUAACACAGCAGGGUCUUUUAAUUUACCAAGUAGCUUAAAAAUUACUAAAUCAUCUAAAAAACCUGUUAGAGAAAAGACUUCUAGUUCUACAGGGCUCUAUCGUCCUAUAAAGAUUGAAAUUUAUAAAGUAGAUACAAAAGCCGAUCUUAAAAACAUCAAUACAUCGAAAACAGUACCAGAUACUUCUCUUUUUUCAUCUACAAUAGAUUCUCCUGCACAAUUUGCCAUACGAAAUACUUCUCAUACGUCACGUAAAUUAAACUUUUCUGAAUACAUUGACAAAUCAAAAGAAAUAUCAUAUGAUGAACACUCUCGCAUACCACCAUAUUGCAUUAAUGAUAUUGCAGAAACUCCAGAGAGACUACCAUCUUCUGCACAGUCGGGUGCAUCAGAAACAUUUUUGCAGCCUGGACAGUCUGGCAUACCAUCGACUUCUGUUACCGCAGAAAUUACAACAGGAACACCACAUCUUGGAUAUUCGAAUACACCAGAAACACCAUCGUAUCCUGUACACAUUGACACAUCAUUGAUUUCUGCUAAUGCAAAAACCUCAGAAAAACUAUCACCUCUUGCACAUUUGGAUGCAGUAAUAACGCCAGUAUACCCUGACCCAUCAAAAACACAACCGCAUUUUCAAUACUCUGGCACAGCAGGGAUUCCUAGUUCUCCAAGUAAAUCUACAAGUUCUGAACAAUUUGUCAUACCAGAGAUUAUUAUUACUCCAAGUACUCCACGUACCCCAUAUAUUAAACAAUCUGACAUAUCAAGAAUACAAGCGUAUUCUGAGGAUGCUAACAUCGCAGAGACUUUUAAUUCUACAGGAGAACCACGUCAUCCUAUAGAGCUUGCCGUAAAAGAAGCAUAUAGUACCUCAGAUAGAGAAGCCAAUCUUAGAGGCACUUACACAUCAGAAACAAUGUCAGAUACGCCUUCUUCCGAUACACCAGGCACUCCAGAAUAUAUUAGCACAUCAAAAGUAACUGAACAUUCUCGCAUACCACCGUAUUGCAUUCAUGAUAUUGCAAGAACCCCAGAGAGAUCACUAUCUUCUACACAAUCGAGUGCAUCGGAAACAUUUUCACAGCCAGAACAGUCUGGCAUACCAUCGAGUCCUGUUAUAGCUGAAACUACAGCAAGAAUGCCAUCUCCUGCACAUUUGGGUACACCGAAAACAUCAUUGUAUCCUGGAUAUCUUGGCAUAUCGUUAAUUCCUGCUAUUGGAGAAGCACCAGCAAGAACACCAUCUCCAGCACAUUUGGGUACACCAAAAACAUCAUUACGUCCUGGAUACCUUGGAAUAGCGUCGACUCCUCCGAUUGCAGAAACACCAGCAAGAACGCCUCCUCCAGCACAUUUGAGUACACCAGAAAAAUCAUCGCGUUCUGAAUACUUUGGCAUAGCAUCGACUCCUCCUAUCGAAGAAGCACCAGCAAGAACACCACCUCCAGCACAUUUGGGUACACCAGAAAAACCAUCGCGUUCUGGAUACUUUGGCAUAGCGUCGACUUCUCCUACUGCAGAAACACCAACAAGAACAUCACCUCCAGCACAUUUGGGUACACCGAGAACACCAUCGUAUCGUGUAAACUCUGAUAAUUCAAGAACCGAAGCGCAUUUGCCAUACGCUAGACCGGCUGGAACUUAUAGAUUUCCAGGUAGACCAAGACGUCCUAGUCAAUACGUUAUAGCAGAUACUUCUGAUACUUCAGAUACAUCUGGACAUCGUGACACAUCAGAAACGCAGCCAUAUUCUGAGACUCCGGAAACUUAUGAUACUUCGAGUAGACAAGACAUUCCUGGAUAUAGUGAUACAUCAGAAACACAUCCGUCUCCUGAAUAUCAUGAUACAUCUUAUACUUCAAAUAGACAAGAUACUUCUGGAUACCAUGACACCUCAGGAACAAAAUCGUAUUCUGAAUAUCCUAUCACACCUGGAGCUUCUAUUUCCCCUGAUAAACUAAGACCUUUUGAACAUGGCAGAACAAAAACUUCUUCAAGUAGAGUAGGCCAUACUGAUCAUCGUGGAGGAUCAGGAGGAAUACAACAUGCUGAAUAUCCUGACAUGCCAGAAAGAUCUAAUAGACCUAAUAGACCACGCUAUCCAUCUUAUACAUCACACUCAAGCUAUAAUGGAUCUCUUAGAUAUCCGUCAACUUAUCCUAGCAUUCCGAGAACAAGCGGAAGACCAGGUUUAUUUGGAUUCCCCGAGAAGCUGGAUGGCAUGCUUCUUGGAAAAUCAAAUUACCCAAUUCAUAUUGGAUAUCCUUCUUAUCUCAAUGGUCCUGAGGACCUUGUUGAACCAGAAGGAUCUAUUGGAGACGUCGGUGGUGAUGGUGAACCAGGCCCGGAUGGUCCAUGGCCAACCGGAUCUCCAGGACCUGACGGACCAUGGCCUGGUGAUCCAGAAUAUUACUCAGGUGUAAUUCAUUCCGCGCAAUCGCGAUCUCGUGGUCCUGUGAAAUUUGUACAGCUCAAAUCGUAUACACAGAUAACUAACAGUUCAUCGAUAAAAACAGGUUUUCCAGAACAAAUUAAUUUAAAAUCACUUAUAAAGUCGAAUUCUAAUUUUGCUAGUACGAUAAGUAACGAUAAAUUGUCAGAGGUUUCAUAUCCUAUCAAAGUAAGCGAAGUCGUUGAUUUUGAUCGCAAUAGAUUUAAGACCCAAGAAUAUGAACAAAUUGAUGAAGGAAAUAUUAACCACAAUGCGAAAGAAAUUAAUUCAUUGAUGCAUGAUACAUUGAAAACGUCAGGUCAUCUAAAAUACACAUUCUCAAAAAAUCAUACGGACAAUUUGGAAAAAGAUGAAAUUACUGAUAAGAAUAUUAAGGCAUACGGCUCGAAAAUUGAACAUAAGCAAAAUAAUCAAUAUGAGGUAAUAGAUGACAUUAGACGAGCAGAAGAACCGAAAGAAGACUUUGAACAAUUCUCUGUUCAUCGUCAGAAACAAUAUCGAAAAGAAUUUAAAUUUCCCGUCAAUCAUACUUUUGCAUCCCAAGACAUUAUUAAAGAUGCACUAGAUCAAUCUUAUAAAAUAGGCCAUCAAGGAAGCCGCCUUAUAAUGCAUACGAAGUUCGAUAGAUAUGAAGAAAACAAAGGCCGAGAAAAUAUUGAUUCUCCUGAAGAGCAAACUAUUGCUGUCAUAGAACAGGUAAAUACAUCGUCCGAGGCAGAACAAAUAGAUCAUAGUAUAAACGCAACGGGAGUUCAACCACCACAUUCGAUCAAUGUUAAGCCCUUUUCAUUACCCCUAGGACCGAAUCCACAAGCUUGUCCUUGUUAUUUAGUUGAGUCGUACAAGGAAAAUGAUAGCACCAGCAGCACGACAUCCAUUCCUCUCAUUGGUCAGCUUGGAUUCAUCCCUGUCAUUUUUGUACCGUACUGUCCCGGUAAUAAGGCAGAUAGUCACAAAAUGAAGCUUAUUUAUCCCUCCGCAACACCCGUCCCAUACGCAUGCAAUGCAUGUGGCACGCCAGAUGAAAACGUAGAAACAAAACUUCUUGGCUUACAAUUAGAUCAGCUUGGCAAUAUUGAAAAUUUAAAGAAUAUCUUGAGUGUAGCCAAUCUUGGAUUUUUAAAUGUUCCAGUCAGAGCCCUUACUGAGAAGAGAAAGAUCAGAAACAGGAAAGUAGUAUGAAGAAUCUAGUUAACUUAUUCAUAUUAAUAUACAAAAAAUAAUAUUUUUUGCCGGGGAAGAGAAGUAUCCGCUCUUAUGAGAAUUAAAUAUGAAAUAUUGGAACUAUCCCUCUACCAGCUGCAGGUCAGCUGAUAGAUUAUUGGUCGAUUCGAUGAUAUUGAAACUUAAACAUUACUUAUUGUGCAUGAUCGUUAAGAAUGCAUGUCGACUGACCGAGCUAUGUAUAUACUAUAUUAAACGACUGACUAUAAUUAUCCGUGCAUGAAACAUCGAUGAGCAUAUAAGUCGUUCGUAGAUUAAUGUUUUUAUUAUACCGACGAUAUUUUUAAAUUACUCUUUAUUUUAAAUACGGCGACAAUGCCACUUAAUGAAUAUUAAGCUUGAAUAUAUACUUUUCCUCCAC